GAUGCAACAAGAGUCAAGCGUGUGCUUCCAGUCAUCGUCCCUCUGAUGGUCCCAGCGUUUGAGUUCAACACACGCUGGGUCAGGAUGGUGCACGCAACCUUCGGCGUCCUUGGCAUCCCUCGCAGUCUACUUCCCACCGGCUACUACGGGAUGAUCAGGACAAUGGCGACUCGUCUCAACAUACCUGGUGUCCUUGUUCAGGCUAUCCUCUCGGGAGUGGUGCCUCUUCGUCCUGCUGGUCCCUCUGUGUUCUGGAGGCCUCUCUUCACGUACACCCCGGUGCAGCCCCGUGUCAUCGCCUCCAAAGCGAAGUGCGUCUUCCCGCUUGUCAUGCCUUCGAAGACCGUCGUCACGGUGUAUAAUGGUGCUUGCGAUACUCCUACCCAGCUCGCAUACCUCGCCCCUCGCCAGUCGCACAACCCCAACUCUGUAGAGACGAUGCCUCUGGCUGCGACGGCCAGUGAGCCUGCCUGCCCACUCGUCGUGGCAACCAGAGUCAGACGUGUCCCUUUCGGUCCAGCCCGGCCUGUCGUUCCCGUCCAACCUACGUGCUACUCGAUCCAUCCACAGUGGGUGUGGGAGAUUCGCAGCGCCUUUGUUGCUUCUCAGCUCCCGCGUACCGUGCUCACGAUCGAUGGAUUCCACUGGAUUGCCUUGCGCUACUUGAGGGUUUCUGGUGCCCUGGUUGAGCUCGUGGUCGCGCUCGGUCUGGGCUUGACUCCCGCUGGUACUGCCAUCUUCGCCCCUGUCGAUGCUCCUGCCGCUACUCCCGUGGUGGAGUUGGACUCCGGUUCUGCCCUGGUUGCUGACAACCAUGUCUCCGUCGUUCCCCAGACUCCGUUGGAUCUACUUCGAAUUGCCCUUCGCUUGACUGUGAAGCUCACCGACGGCGUCCUGGAGUCGGUGACUACGGACCGCAUCGUGGCCCUCGAUGCUCCUGUCAGGGCUCCACAGUCGGUCUCUGUGCAGCUAUCUGGUGUUCGCUCCCUGGUCAAGCCCGCCGGCUCCCGCGUCAUCGCCGUCAAGAUCAAGAAGCGUGUUCCCUUCGGCCCUGUCAAGCCUGUCGCUCCCGUGCAUCCGGUGCGCUCGAUUCCCCCAGAGUGGGUGGCAAUCCGCAGCGUCUUUGGUCUCCCCCAAACUCCGCGUACCCUGCCCACUUCUGGCGAGUUCUACUGGUCCGCACGCCGGUACUUUGGUACCCCUGGCACUCGGAUCGUGUUGACGAUCCCCGACGGUCUCGUCUCUGCGUCCUCUGGUUCUGGCAUUUCCUCUGAGCAGCUUCGCAUUCGCUUCCGCUCUACGGCGACUGCGUCUAUUGCUGCUCCUGCCUCUACCACGGUCGAUGAGUCGGACCCUCGAUCUGCCCUUGUUGCUGACAGGCAUAUCAGGUCUGCCGCUACCCAGACGUUGUUUAUCUUCCUUCGGAUUGUCCAUCGGCUCUGUCAUCAAGAAACCGACUAUGCGACUCCGCUCCUCGAAUCGCCGUUGGUGCUGACGCUCACGGACAACACGGACGAUGUCGCCCCUCUCGGUGCUCCUGUCGAACCCGCACUCCUGGUCCCUGUUCAAACUUCUGGACCCAGCGCUGCGAUUGAGGGGCCUCUUCCGACGGACAAGCCCGUCCGCCCCCGCGUCAUCGCGAUCAAGGUCAAGCAGCGCGUCCCCUUUGGCCCGGCGAAGCCCGUGGUCUCCGUCCAGCCUGUGCAUCCCGUCUCUCGAGAGUGGGUGCAGCAGAUCUGUAACGUAUUCUGCCCGCCCCAGGUCCCGCGCUCUCUGCCGACGUCGCAUGGGCUCUACUGGAUCACUCUGCGCUACUUUGGGACCGCUGGUGCCCUUCCGCACGGUCUCACCUCCGCGUCCCCGGUCUCUCUGGAGCAAGUUUACCUUCGCCUUCGCUCGGCGGCGUUCGCCCACUCUGGCCAGCGCUCUGCUCUGGUUGCUGGUCGGCGCCGCUUCGCUGCUGCCCAAAUCUUGUUGGUCUUCCUUCGACUCGUCCUUGGCUUCAUCGAGAGCACCGACGCGACUCUGGACCUCGAGUCCCCGUCGGUGCCGACGUCCAGGGACGGCACAGUCAACUCUCCCGCAUUCGGUAUCGAACACGUCUCUUCAAGUCCUAGUCCCGCGUCUAGAGUCGCGGAGGAUUUGCAAGCGGACACGAGCACCGAGGGAGAACUGCCAGUGAGCAGCGAGAGGAAGCGCAAGAGGCACCCGCGCGCGCGUGGCGGGAAGAAGGUCCAGGCGUCGAAGACGCGCAAGAUGGAGAGACAGGCGCUGGAGGCUGAGAAAUCGGCACAGCGGGCUGAGCAGAACGACGGCGUCGACAAGAACCAGGCGGCGUCCAGUCCAACGGACGCAGCCAUACAGAAUGGCAACUCAGACGCAAGUGGGAGCAACAUUGGUACUGGCGGCUCGACCCGGAGGCGUCAGCCCACUCGUGGUCGUCAGACUCGUCGCACGGAGGGCAAAUCCGAGGGGGCAUCCGCGCAGGAUGGUUCCAGCGUCCAGACUCAAGGUGGACGACGGAACCGCGGUACCGGCGCCGACGGACUCGGCGCCGGUGCGAUGCGCAUUGCCAACGCCCACAUUCGUCAGGCGGUGGGCUCGCAGUUCGUGCAACUCCCCCCUCUCCGCCUUGGGACACCGAGGACGGCCGCGACCGACGAGUUCGCUGCCACUGCAUGAACAUCAACGACCUAGUGACCAUGACAGAUCCAUGCACUUGGCGGACGUCUGGUGAAGACGACUGAUUUCUCACUGAUUUCUCCGUGUACGAUACAGCGGACACUGUCUCCAUCGCACAGUGCCUCCACAUUCUGGGGUUUAACAUCGACAACAUACUACUGGCAUAGGACAACUGCUCGACACACUGGUCACUACGAUUCAAUACCUACACACAAUAUAGACUACCUGCAUCCCGCACAGACUACUAGUACCCCGCAUCACACAGACUACUUAUAUCAGUACAGCCUACCUCUAUUUAUGGUUCCGUAUUUAUGGAUUUUCAUGACCACAUUUUGACCGCACUGCUCUCCGCCUCUAAGGGACACGAUCGAAAU